AUGCAGGGCUUUACACAGGGCCACGAGGCCACCACUGCCCUGGCCACACAAGGACCUCAAUCUGGCCCUGUGGGUGCCGUGGGACAAUUUGACUGGGAUUACAGGAAGCUUUUCUCCAUUAACUGCUUCUUCUGCUUCAUCUGGAAACAGAAUCUCCUCCUCUUCCCAUUCCCGGUGCCUGUAGAGGGAGCUCGGAAUCAAGAAGAGACGUCUACAAUGCAGGACACUGAACUUGACCCAGAGGAAAAACUGGAGAUAGGCUUUGAAGAAUGGGAUAUGAAGAAGAAGGGCUUUCCGGGUCAGAGGCAGGACAUGGGGGCCAUAAGACAGGAAGAGACUACUUGCUGCCUACCUCUCACAGUAUUCAGCUCCAGCUCAUCCUGUAGAUUGUUUGAAAAAUUCUUCUUACUGGAGUAUUCACAGCCACCCAAAACCGGGAAAUUGCUGCUGAAACUUCUCCUACAGAAAGAUUUAAAUUGGUCCUUGGAUGGCCCCUCUAAUAAACUCUUAAAACAAGAGCCCGGGCUCCUUCCCUUAGAGCCGCCCGCUUCUGGCAGUAGCGGGCGGGGUGUAGCCGGAGUGGGCGGGGCCUCGCGGAUCGCUCUCCCCAAAAAGGGCCCGGAGAAGGCGCUUCCCACUCGUCCGGCCGACGUCCUUCCCUCCAUCCGGCCGACCGUCCUUCCCUCCGUCCGUCCUUCCCUCCGUCCGGCCGCCCGCCCGCCCGCCCGCAGCGCAGCGGCCAUGGAGGAGGCCGGGGCCGGGGCCGGGGCCGGGGCCGGGCCCGGGUCCGGGGCGGCCGCCGCCCGCCUGAAGGUGGUGCUGGGCCAUCUCCGCGGCCCGACGCCCGCCCUCUCCGCCUCCCCUACUUCAGCAUCGGUUGCUACUUCCAGUUGCCAGCAGAAGCCGUUCCAGUACACCUUGGAUAAUAACCUCAUGAGCCUGGAGCAGAGACAGUUUUACGAGGAUAAUGGCUACCUUGUCAUUAAAAAUAUGGUUCCAGAUGCAGAUCUGCAGCGCUUUAGGAAUGAAUUUGAAAAGAUCUGUAGAGAGGAGGUGCAGUAUCCAGGCCUGGUGGUGAUGAGAGAUCUGAGCCUCGCAAAGAAGGAAUUGAUUCACGAUGAAAUAGAAGUUUCCAAAAUCCAGGAUUUUCAAGCCGUUGAAGAACUUUUCAGAUACUGCACCCUGCCUCAGAUUGUCAAGUAUGUGGAGUGCUUCACUGGACCCAACGUCAUGGCCAUGCACACAAUGCUAAUCAACAAACCUCCAGAUACUGGGAAUAAGACGUCUCGCCACCCCUUGCAUCAGGAUCUGCACUAUUUCCCAUUCAGGCCAGCUAACUGGAUUGUUUGUGCGUGGACUGCCAUGGAAUCCAUCAACCGAGAAAAUGGCUGCCUGGUGGUACUCCCUGGCACCCACAAGGGCCCGUUGAAAAAGCAUGACUAUCCCAAUUGGGAGGGGGGUGUGAACAAGAUGUACCAUGGGAUCAUCGACUUUGAUGAAAACCAGCCUAGGACUCACCUGGUGAUGGAGAAGGGAGACACUGUUUUCUUUCACCCCCUGCUCAUUCACGGCUCUGGAAUGAAUCGAACUAAAGGGUUCCGGAAGGCAAUGUCUUGCCACUAUGCCAGUGCAGACUGCCACUAUAUCGAUGUGAAAGGCACGUCUCAAGAAAACAUUUCAGAGGAAAUAAAAGAUCUUGCAAACAAAAAGUUUGGGUUAGAAAUGACUACCCCAGUGAAGGAUAUUUGGAUCCUGCGAGGACGGCUUGUGAAAGGAAAAAGAACAAACCUCUGAAGUGUGCCUCAAAAAUUAGAAGUCGUGAUCCUUCCUGUGGUGCGCUGUUCCAACUCACUCACGUUUUGUAUUUGCGGUGGGCUUACCCGAUCAGCAGUCUCAUAACAGAUUCUUAAUGCAACUUUCAUUAUUAUUAAAAUCGCAAAGUAUCAUCACACUGGAAAUCAUGAUUAUAACAAGGAAGCAGUGUGUAUAUUAAUUUCAAUCAUAGAAUACUAUAGGAAAGAUGUAUUUUUGUAAUUUGUAAACAAUCCAAGUCUGUAUUUUCAGAACUCAGUACUCUGAGAGAGGAACCUUCAUCAAAUUAGCUCUACACACUAAGCAGAGAUUGUUGCUUUUUAAGUCCACGUGGGUUCCACAUUGAACUCUGUGACUCAUCUCUUCUUGGUCCUGGAAUGGCUUCCCUCCUGGGAGCUCAUUGCAAGUUACCAAGACUUUACUUCCUUCAGACCCACUGAUCAAAAAAAAAUCAAUCAAUUGUAGUUUUUGAGAGCUUAUUAUGUUCAGAGAACUCUACUAAGCACUUGGGAGAGUACUUAGUGGAAGAGUACAAUAUAAACAGGAACAACUCAUUUACAGUCAUUUAUAGACCUAGGGAUGUGGGAAGGGUGAGUCUAAGGGCACCAGUUUAAGCCUCUCCAGAAAGCCUGUUGAUUCAGUCAUUGAUUUCCAGGCAACACAGAGGGUAAGGAAGGUGUUCUUAAUGCUUUGCUGGGUGACCAGAGCCAAGUGGUGGUGCUGUACUGGCCUUUCUAAUUCUGCUUGUGUUCUGUUUCUCCCCAUUUCCUCACCCACCAAGGGCAGUUUGGGCUCGUUCUAUACUUUGCCCCCGAGUCCAGCUGGGCUGCAGUAAGAGAGAGAAAGAAUUCUGGCUCUUCCAGGGUGCAUGUUUUCCAGUUCCUAUUGCUGGCUGAGGUGUUGGGAGGCCCACCUGCCCAUUUAAAUCCUGGUUCCAGUUGGGCACUGUUCCAGGUGGGCUUUGAGGUGGGUAAGGGGGUGAUCUGGGAGGGGAGUGGCUUUCAAGUACAGCACAAAACUGAGAUGCCAAGAGCUGUUUUCUAAUAAUCUCACGCUCAUCUAUGAAAUACAAAUAAAUGGUAGAAAGCUGA